AUGAUCGAGCCUUCUGUUUCUGUUUAAGAAGAUAUUGUUUUGUUUUAUUUGAUCGUCGUAGGGCUUGCCCAUAUAGGUAAAUUUAACUUUGAACAGUUCCCGUGACCCUCUCCUCGCGCUACUGGUGUUUUCCUGACUUCUUUCUUAACUGAAGUAGGAACAGAAAAUGAGUAACAACAAGGCGACACCUCUCCCUGCGUACACACCAGGAGCACCGCCAAUGGCUGCACCCCCAACGUACGCUCAAGCAGUCGGAGGGGUGCCUCCCACAAGUCCAUUUACUCCCACCCAAACACAAAAUGGUCCCACUAUUCUGACAACUGUUGUUCCCGUGGGUCCUCAAUCAACGCAUAUGAUUUGCCCCCAUUGCUUGGCCGAAAUUGAGACUUCAACUAAAACUGAACCAGGAAUGAUUGCUUACAUAUCAGGUGUUGUCAUUGCUCUGCUUGGGUGUUGGCUGGGCUGCUGUCUUAUUCCAUGCUGCAUCCCAGAAUGUAUGGAUAUACAUCACAAUUGUCCAAAUUGCAAAGCCUAUCUGGGACGUUUCAGGCGAUAAGCUUCUCACCUAAAUUUUAUCAUUCUAUAUGUGAAAGCUUUUGUUGACUAUUGCUCCACAAGCUCUUUGUAGCCUUUUCGACAUCGAACAAUUUUCUUGUAUGAAACUAUCUUAUUUUACUCAAGGUUUUGUGACAGACUAUCUUGCAGAGGUGCAUAGGUCUGAUGGUUUUCUGUCUUGUGAAAAUUCUGCACUUUUGUGAGAUGAUGUCAUAUGCCCAUACAGCAUGUCAAUUCAAUUUGUGUGUCAACAGUGAGCUAUGCAGUAGUGCUGGAACCGCCACUGCUGGAAAAUGACACAAACAUUUUAUAGGCUUCUGAUGCACUUUGUGUACAAAAAUUGCUUUUAUAUUCUUGACAAACAUUCUCUCUUAAGGAGUGAGACUCAUUGUAUGCAUAUAUUUCUGGGUGACUGAACUGUUUUGAGCCAACUUGUAAUCUCAUCAACAGAAUAUUGUGUUUUCAACUUAAUUUUGAGGAAACCAGGAGAUUGUUGACCCUAUCAUCUUGAAAGUCUUUUGCCUUGUGGGAAUAUGUUGUACAUGCACCGCAUUUUGUUCUUCAAUGACAUGGCUAUGUGCAAUAUCAUGCGGUCCAAUUUAUUUAAAAGAUCUUGCACAUUUGCACAAAUUUUGAUACAUUUUGCAAACUAAAAUCUCAUAAUAUUUUUUUACUAAAUAUGUGACUUUUGAUAUAUUUAUUUAACACAAUCUGGGUAUUUUGCAAGAUCUGAUUUAGCUUUUUAUCAAUAUAUUUAAUUGAAAAUGUAUGUGAUGCUCAGGCUGACUACCUACUCUCCUAUGUGGUUUACACCUUGUCUUGCUGUUAGGUAUGCUUCUUUAUAGGAAAUAAUAAAAUAAACUUGGUAGCAGCUUUAAAUUUAAGCUCGGCAGCUUUAAAGUUAAGCUCUAUGUAUGAUAGUUUAUUGUUUGGCAGUGUGAGAGGGAGUGAUCACACUUGAAUGGUAUUGGCUGGUUUAUUGGGAACAGUGUGAGACUCGGUUGCAGAAAUUAAUUUACAGCUUUGGCAACAGGAGGGGGAGGGUGGUUAGGGCAGGUGAGGGGUGUGUUCAGAAAGAGAGUCAGGGACCUUGGCCAAGAAAGGGCCAGAGAAAGAAAGAAGAAUAAAUAAAAUCAGGGAACUGACACCAAGCUGCUUCUAGCAUUCAGCCAAAACACUAUAGUACUGUAGUUCAUUAGGUUUCGAACGAAAAUGUCCUCAAUUUAGUUGUAACUGACCUUCAGAUAUUAAUAAUUUAAUCCUUCCUGUUUAUGCUCUGUGCAUUGAGUAAUUGUUUAUAGUAAUUCUCUGAUAAUGUAUUGCUUUAAUGAAACUGAUAAUGUCAUAUUUUUGUAACAAUGUAACAAUAUCCAUUUUUGAAAAAUGUUAAGAUGUUUUGCUUGAAAAUUUAUGGUAGCCCUCAUGUGGGACUCAAAUGUGAAAUAUUUGAUGUUACAGUAGUUUCAUCCCACUGUUAGAUGUGUAUUUUGGACUUAUCUGUAAUCUGGAUUAAUUCAUUAAAAGCCUUUGUAUGUAUUAAA